AUGCCGGUGUCGGCGAUUCAGAAGGUCGCCACGGCCCAGAAUGGCGUCGGCGCCUUCAUUCUUCCUUGCAAGCGCAUCACGCUCAGAUAUUGCGACUGGGCCGGAUCCUCGAAAGGCAUGAAUGCCUACCUCAAGACCCAACUUGGUGUUUUCGCGAAGCGUAACCCUCAGAUCGAAAUCCAAGUCUACAAGAAGCACAACCACCACCCAGUAAUCACCGCAAACUACCUCAACGGCCACGAGAAGACAGUCAAUGUGAAGAAUAUGACACCCGAGGGCGUAAGGGAGAAGAUUGAGCUGCUGAGAAAUUCAAGUCCGGAAAAGAACAAGAGGGUGCCGAGCAAGCCAGUCACCAGUAUUAACGAGAACGUCAGGGGUAUAUGGAGUCCCUUCCAUGGAGCGAAGAUCAAGAUAUAG